AUGGUGGUCAAUGAAGUUCUCAACUUGGUGCUCAAGAAAAGCAUCAAGGAAGCCAGACCGGUAUUCGAUGACUAUCCGGCACACAUUGGUGUGUACGGCAAACACGGAAUGCCUUCCAAUCACACUCAGUUCACGGCGUACUUCGCCAACUUUGUGGUCCUCUGCCUCUGGAAACGGUAUAUAUCUCGUGUUCGAGGUGGGGGUUUGAGUAAAAUAUAUGAGACGUACAAAUGUAUUAGAGCUCAGGUGGUGGUGGGAGGCCUGACGGGAGCUGGUUUUGCAGAGAUCUGGUUCUAUCUCGGGAAUGAGGUUCUGAGGGACGCUCUGAAAGCAACAGUACAAUUUCCUAUAGCCAAAUGGCUGUACUUAAAGGAUACCUCGGAUGUGGAUAACGUGCUCUUGUUUGAGUACCAAUGUUAUGCCAAAGAGAGUGAACGUGUGCAAGAAAACGAGACAUCGGAUGAGAACAGAAGGAAAACAGAUUAA